AUGUUGCGAAAAAUUACUAACUACCGAAUCCAGUCACCGCCGCGAAGAUGGCCGCGCCAAAACCCAGUAUCAUUCUACGAUGAUGAAAGUUUGCCCGAAGGUGUCUUGAGCUUAAAACGUGGACAAUACGAGAGAUGGAAAGAAUUGUUUGUCGAGACUGCUCAACGAUUCGAAAGCACUGCCGUGGAAGAAACCCAUCCGUUAAAGAUAGCUGUGCUCGACACUGGUCUUGAUCAAAGCCACCAGGAUAUCAUGACCGAGCUUGGCAGAAUUUGGAUCUACGAAAGCUCCCGUGAUUUGUUUGAACGGGCCGAGAACAGUACCAUAAAGGAUCUCCAAGGUCACGGCACACAUAUCGUAGGCCUCAUCCUGGAAUAUGCGCCAGAAGCCGACCUUUAUGUUGCGGACGUCACAAUUGACGGUGAAGCUGACCGUAACCUGAUCGCGAAGGUGAGAUAUAAUCCAGUCGAAGAACGCGACUAUGCUUACAACGCCCAGGCUAUAGUUUCUGCUGUUAACCACGAGGUUGACAUCAUCUCGAUAUCGUUCGGGUUUCAACGGAAGAGCGUUGGCGACGACCUUGAGCAAGCUAUUGACUACGCCAAAAGUAAAGGAGUUCAUAUCGUUGCGGCAGCGUCGAACAGCGGAGGAAAUGCGGGUCGCGCAUGGCCAGCCCGCUAUGAUGGCGUUUUCUGCAUUCAUUCUACUGACGCAAACGGAAACCCUUCCGGAUUCAAUCCCACCGCGCUUGAAGAAGUCAAUUUCGCGACCGUCGGUGAGGCUAUCGUAUCUAGCUGGCCAGGGCACCUGUCCGAAUCACCUGGCAACGAUGGUACGGAUGAUAGUGACACUCUGACCAAAGUCAAGUCCGGAACAUCAUUUGCAACCCCGAUCGCUGCAAGUAUCAUCGCCUUUGUGCUGCGCUAUGCGAGGACACAUCUAGAUCAAGAGUACGCACAGCAGCUAAGGCGACAUGCUGUCAUGGGCUCCGUUCUGAGGUGCAUGGCAGGACCUAAAAGAUUAGAGUUCUACUACCUGGCGCUGCACUCCAACCCCGCUCAGUUCUUUGGUAGAGAGAACCCGGAGGACACCCGCGGAGAUAUAAUCACGGCUAUCAGCCAGUCCGGGUAG